GGAGGAGGGAAGGGAAGAAGGAAGGAAGCCAGCCCGCAGUUCCUCCUCGCGGGGCGAGCGCACAAAGAGCCGGGGGCUGCGGCCGGGGAGGGGUUUCCCGGAGGCGGGGCCGGGCCGAGGCGGCCCCGGCGGUGGUGGCCGUGUCGCUGUCCGUGUCGUCGCUGUCGGUGUCGCCGCCGGUUGCUGCCGCCAUGGAGCCGGGGUCCAGGCGCGGUCGCAGUGCCGCCGAGGAGGGCCCGCGGCCCGAGGAGGAGGAAGAGGAGGAGGAGGAGGAGGAGGAAGAAGAGGUGGACCCCCGCAUCCAGGGCGAGCUGGAAAAAUUGAAUCAAUCUACAGAUGAUAUCAAUCGGAGAGAGACGGAACUGGAGGAUGCACGCCAGAAGUUCCGCUCCGUGCUGGUCGAAGCAACGGUAAAACUGGAUGAACUGGUAAAGAAGAUUGGGAAAGCUGUAGAAGACUCUAAACCUUACUGGGAAGCUCGGAGGGUGGCCAGGCAGGCACAGCUGGAAGCUCAGAGAGCGACUCAGGAUUUUCAGAGGGCUACUGAAGUGCUGCGUGCUGCAAAGGAGACCAUUUCACUUGCUGAGCAGAGGCUACUGGAGGAUGACAAACGUCAGUUUGACUCUGCCUGGCAAGAGAUGCUCAACCAUGCUACUCAGAGGGUCAUGGAGGCGGAACAAACCAAAACGAGAAGUGAAUUGGUUCACAAGGAGACUGCAGCCAAAUACAACGCCGCCAUGGGAAGGAUGAAACAGCUGGAGAAGAAGCUGAAAAGAGCCAUCAAUAAAUCAAAACCUUAUUUUGAACUCAAGGCGAAGUACUAUGUCCAGCUAGAGCAACUGAAGAAAACAGUGGAUGACCUGCAGGCAAAACUCUCCCUGGCAAAGGGAGAGUAUAAGACUGCCUUGAAAAACCUGGAGAUGAUCUCAGAUGAGAUUCAUGAGAGGAGACGGUCCACUGCCAUGGGGCCCCGGGGAUGUGGUGUGGGUGCUGAAGGAAGCAAUACCUCUGUGGAAGACCUGUCAGCAAGUAAACUGGAGUCAGACAGUGUCUCAAUGGCUUCUGAAGUGUUUGAGGAUGACAAUGGCAGCAGCUUUGUAUCCGAAGAAGACUCAGAAACUCAGUCGGUGUCCAGCUUCAGCUCCGGUCCUACGAGCCCCUGUGAGGUGCCCACUCAGUUUCCUCCCGCAACGCGACCUGGAAGCCUGGAUCUGCCCAGCCCUGUGUCCCUCUCUGAGUUUGGGAUGAUCUUCCCUGUCCUCGGCCCCCGAAGCGAAUGCAGCGGUGCAUCGUCCCCCGAAUGUGAAGCUGAAAGAGGGGAUAGGGCAGAAGGGGCUGAGAACAAGACAAGCGACAGAGUGAACAAGAAUAGGAGCAACAACAGGAGCAGCUCCACUGAGGGGCUGGCUUUGGAUAACCGAAUGAAGCAGCUCUCCCUUCAGUGCAUGAAAAUCAAAGAGGGAAUAUGCGCAGGCAGAAAAGCUGCCCAGAUUGGCUGAGUCCUCCUUGUGCCCUGUCCUGAUUAAUGGGAGUAUAAAUAUUUAUACAUGAACUUCUGAGUGUUUGAAGAACAUUGUGCCAAUAAUAUAUGCCAAAUCUUAAGCGUUUACUCUAAGAAUUUGAAACUGCACUAAGAAGUCUAAUUGAUGUUGAGGGCUGAAGUUUUUAUUCAGUAAAUCCUUUGUAGGCCAGACAAGUUAUCAAAUGGUAAGCUGUGCCCCUAUUUCACAGACUUUGUAAAUUGUUUUGUAGCAGCCUGGCUGAAGCAAUAACUAGCAAUGUUCCUGUGUAAAUUCAUGCCAGUAGGGGGGCUGAAAUUCAAGCCAGACAUUUGCAGAGAGCAGUUUGGCUUCAGUUUUGUAGAAUGAAAUGCUCUUUAGAUACAGUGGAUCUCUUGAGUAUAAGUGGCAUAUUCUUUAAACAUCUGUAUUUGUCUGUAUUAUGCUGAAGCUGUAGAAAUAUUUUGUGUACAGGAAAGCUGCAUGUGUGGGUCUAAAAGCCUUCACUCUUCCCUUGGUGCUCACAGAAAGGAUAAAGAUUAGUCAUGCCUAUAAAAACUGGCGUAAGAGACAGAAACAGGAUGGUAAUGCUCAGCAGUGAUAGGCCCCUUCUAGCCACCUUCCUGAGUCUGGCUUGGACUCUAAGCGUGAUCCAGUGACCAAAAGAGUAGAUUGGCCCCUUGCCCUUCCCCUCCCCUGAGAAGUGAAGUAUUAUUUUCAGCACUUUAAGUGUUAUUGCUCGAAAAUGGGAGUGAUAGAUGUUUUCGGGACAGUUAUGAUACGGGGUUCAUCCUUAAAAUAUGCAUGAAGAAAAAGAAUUGCCAGUGUAGAUUGACAACGUGUUCUUAAAUUUCUCCGUAGGUUGUACUGUGUGGGGUUUUAUAACUGUUAAAAGGACUUGAGGUUUUAGUAUGCCCUAGAGAAAGUGUUCAAUAAAACUAGAAAGGGCACAGGCAUGUUUUGCCAGCAGCUGUUAGGCAGUAGUAGUGUCUGGUAAUUAUGCUAAUAAGUAGUAGUAAAAAUCCUAGGACUCUUCAGUUUUGGUGGCUAAGCAUUUCUGAAAGCACCAUUUUAUCUAAAAUGUCAGUUUCUAUUGUUAAUUUGAUGGGAAUUUUAGUAUUGCCCGAAGUAUUUUCUAUUCUAUGUUUUUGCAGUCCUGUUGUAUUUUGUCCUUGCCACAGCUUGUGUAUCUAUUCUCAAAGUUAAUGUAAAAUUCUUCACACUACAGUAAACAUUUUUGUUUUCCACAUU